AUGAGUACCAACGGCAGUCAAGUACCCACAGAUAGCGACCCUACAAGACCUCGAGCUCAAUCCACGAACUCGUUCGCUUCGUCCUUCAAAUCUCCACGAGUCGCUCGUUUCGUCGAAGCGACGACCGUCAACUCACCCAUCGACCCACCUCGAUCAUCUUCCAUAGCUGUACCAACAAACCACUUUCGACCGCAGCCACAGCCAUCUGACAUCGGAUUCGGGUAUAUUGAUGACAAGCACACUUCGCACGUAACAGUCGAAAUGGAAGACACAGAUAACAACCAUCUACCUCGAGGUAGAAGCGAGGCACCUUUGAGCCCACCUCUCAAAAGUGCAAUGAAGACACCUGGAAUGGCUCCGAGAAAUUUUGGUAACCUCAUGAGCCCCACCUUCAGAGAGGAACACGUCUUGGAGGAGAGAGAACUUGCUACUGAAAAGGAGCAAGCUAAAGAUCUCAAAAUCAAAACACGAGUUCGUGCGGCGAAAAUGUUCUUGAGAAGCAUCAACUUCGCGUGCUCACUCAUUGUCUUGUCUAUGCUUGGAACGACAUUCGCAAUCUUCAAUGCAACCAAGAAGCUGUCACCUCGAAGUAAUCUNCCUCCGUGGGCCGUCGGUACGAAUCCAUGGCCCCAGAUCGUUCUGCUCGUUAUUGCAUGUAUAUCGAUGGUAUUCUGCAUUGGUAUAUUCUGGGGAUACUGCAAAGGCGGGCACAAGAGAGCCGAGAAGGUCCAAACUUACUACACUGUCUUCGCUGUCGGAUUCUUCGCCUUCAGCGUCGUCAUGUGGGGAAUUGGCGCUGGUAUUCUCAAUACCACUCGAACCAACAGCAACGGACAAGAUCUUUGGGGCUGGUCCUGCAAGGAGAACAAGCGCAAGGAACUUUUCGCUGAUGAUGUCGACUACGCCCUGGUCUGCCGUUUGCAGAAUUGGUCUCUGGUGUGUGCAGUGAUCGAGAUCGUUGUCGAGCUGUGUGCAAUCGGCUGUUACUCGUUCGUGUUCUACCGCAUUUGGUCGAAGAGAAAGCUGCGCAAGUCUAUGGCUGUCCGUGACCGCGCUCGCUCAGAUCUUUAUCUUGCUCAACUGCGUUCUCAAUCUGCACCAAACACACCUGGUCUGAAUGGACCUCUGAGCCCGAGAGACGGUGGUUGGAGGCCGCCUGUCGAUUACUACAAGGCCGGUCCAUCAGUUGAAGCCGGGCUUGUGGAAGACGAGGGUGUCAGAUAUGUUGAUGCUUCUCAGCAACCCCCGGCUCCGAAGCCAUUCGUACUGCGACCACCUCCCACCAAGGGUUCGACACCAAAGAUUCAGCAGACCGGCUUCACUCCCCUCAACUACACUUCACCAGCAGAUUCGAGGUCUCCUUCACCAGUCCAAGCACAACCUACGGAACAACAGCAAGAACACUUUGCUGCAGCUCCUGGUGAACGGGUCUAUGAGUCUGUGCCGAUUCCUGGUUCUUAUGCAAGUCCUUUGAACUCGCCGACAGUCGCACCAAGACAGAUGAGCUUCCCUCAAGUGAGUAGGCAGCUGUGA